AUGUCUUCAAGUUCAGUAAUCGAUUUUGUUUCAUCAUCUCCUAUUCUACACGAUGAAGCAUCAAAUAAAAGCAUUGAAAUCCCUGACCCCCCAUCUUUAAAUGUAACACAUAGCUCAACAACCAAUACGACUACUACUACUACUACUAAUAAUAAUAAUAAUAAAAGUAAUUCAUCACAUAACCCCGAUGGUGAUUCUGAUAGCGAGGAUGAAACUGUGCCAAUGAAUAUAACAUUUCAUUGGCUUGACGAACAAAUGCGUGCUGGUGUUGAUUUACGUCCGUUAUUAUCACGCAUCUUACCCGGUUUACCAAAUGAUGUAUCGCAAUCUUCACUUUUUCAACUUCUUAUGGACAUUUUUCUACCUGUGCAACAGCGUCAACCACUUGAACAAUACCAAACACUUGAUGAUGCCGUAGAGUUAAUACGAAAGUCAAAAAAGAUUCUUGUUCUUACUGGAGCUGGAAUUUCUGUUAGUUGCGGAAUUCCUGAUUUUCGUUCACGUAACGGUAUCUAUGCUCGUUUACGUGAAGAAUUUCCUGAAUUACCAAAUCCUCAAUCUAUGUUUGAUAUUGAAUAUUUUACCCAUGAUCCUCGACCAUUUUUCCGUUUUGCUAAAGAAAUUUGGCCUGGCCAACAUGAACCAUCGUUAGCUCAUUAUUUUAUCGCUGAAUUAGAACGACGUGAUCAAUUGCUCCGUAAUUACACUCAAAAUAUCGAUUCACUCGAACAUCUAUGUCCAAUAAAACGUCUCAUACAGUGCCAUGGUUCAUUUUCAACAUCAACAUGUCGUCGUUGUCAAAAUCGUGUGAGUAGUGAUGAAAUAAAACAUGAAAUCUUACAACAAAUAAUGCCACAUUGUACAAAAUGUUCAAAAACAGUCCAGAAUGCAAUACUUAAACCAGAUAUUGUCUUUUUUGGUGAACCAUUACCGGAAGAUUUUCAUAAAACAAUAUCAGUAGAUAAAGAUAAAUGUGAUUUAUUAAUUGUUAUGGGCUCAAGUUUAAAAGUUAAACCAGUGUCACUUGUAUCAGAACUUUUACCUGCACAUAUACCACAAAUAUUAGUUAAUCGUGAACGUUUGCCCCAUAAAUCAUUUGAUAUUGAAUUAUUAGGAAAUUGUGAUGUUAUUAUAAAUGAAUUAUGUCUUCGUUUAGCUAAAUAUGAACCCUCAUUUGGUGACAUUAAACGAUUGAAUCAUAGAAAUGAGCAAUUAAUGAAUGAAAUUCUCUACGAUAAAAUCCGCAUAUCAAUGCAACAGCAAAAGAGAAAAAAACAGAAAGUUUCCUAUCAUACCACAAAUGAUACAUCAGUACCAAAAGAACGUUUAUCGUCUCUUCGACCUCGGAUAUUUAAGCCACCGAUGAUCCAAUCAUCAUCAUCGUCAUCUUCAUCAUCAUCGCGUAAACGUCCAUUUUCCUCAUUGAAAAAUUCUCCUUUAUUUAAUCAGAAUUCAUCUUAUAUAUCUUAUCCGCCUCGUCGAUAUUUAUUCGCAGGUGCAGAAAUAUUUUUCUCAUCAUCGGAUGAUGAUGGAAGUGAUGAUGAUUUACCUCGUAAACAUACUGAAUGA